CAGUUCCGGAGGUCCGCCAUGUUCGGGUCUCCGGCCGCGGCACGCCAUCCUCAAGUCUCAGCAAGCUGCACGCCGGUGCAGGUGUCCAGGGCAGGCCGGCUUUUGCGUCAUCAGAGCUGCGACCUCCUCGUAAUACGCAUGCUCCCACCCCGCCCCCACCCCGCCUUCCUUUAUCUGAUUGGACACACCGCUGCGUUCGCUGCACGACCCGCGACUCCCAUUGGUCAGCUCAUCUUGCACCGCCCACCUCCAUUGGAAAUGGCAGCAGCGCACCAUCUGAGGUAUCUGCGGCUUUUUCUGUGGAGUCUGUGGCAACCCGUGAGAUGGCCACAAAGUUCGGCAGUGGGUCUGGCCUUAACAGCGAGGACUUAUUCCCGGGGUGACGGCUCAUACUCGCGCACGGCGCUCUAUGACCUACUCGGCAUCCCCUCCACAGCCACCCAGGCGCAAAUAAAGGCGGCUUACUACCGUCAGUGCUUCCUUUACCACCCGGACCGCAACUCGGGGAACCCUGAGGCUGCCGAGCGCUUCACGCGCAUCUCCCAGGCGUACCUGGUGCUGGGCAGUGCCACCCUCCGUCGCAAGUACGACCGCGGACUUCUCAGCGACGAGGACCUGCGGGGCCCCGGCGUCCGGCCCUCCACGAAGCCCGCAGGCGCCCCCGAUCCGCCGCGCGCCCCGCCGGUCUCCUCUCGGGUCCGCGGCGCCGAUCGGGCAGCCCCUGGUGCCGGCCGCACCAUGUUCGACUUCGACGCCUUCUACCAGGCGCACUACGGGGAGCAGCUGCAGCGCGAGCGGCGCCUGCGGGCCCGGCGGGAGGCCCUGCGCAAGCUGCAGGAGGACCGGGCCAAGAAGGGCUUCAGCUGGGAGGAGACCCGCGACACCGUCAUCUUGCUGCUGCUCCUCACCUUUGUCACCAUCGGCCUUCGCAUGUAGCGGAGAGGAGGGAAGGGAGCCUCCCCAGCCAGCCCCAGGAAUAUGGCCUCUUCUGUCCUCUGAACCGCUGGCCUUCAAAGCCUGUCUCCGCUGGGGUUCGAAUGGACAGUGCCCUCCUGCCCUCCCACCCGCGCAGCCGAUGAAUGGCACAUCCUUCCCCUUUGCUCCAUAGGAGGCCCCAGGAUGAAGUCCCAGAAGCCCUCGGGAGUCCUUUGGGUGCCUGCUUUUGUUGCCUUCGUGUUGUUGCCAACUUUCCAAACGCUUGCUCCGGCUUCGUUGUAAAGCCCUGAGCAAGCUUUGUCUCUCCUGCCCCACAUUUAUUCUGGAGAUUCCUCUGUAACCGUGAAACGUGCAAUAUGGCCUGUGUUCGCUGCCAAAAGAAAAAUUCAGAGGUUGUAUGAAACUUGUCUUUCUGUGCGUUCCCCCAGGUCGCUGUAAGACUGAGCCAGGGUAAGAAUUCGGGCUGUGGGAAGCUUGCCAUUCCUCCAGGUAUGCCCCACACCACUCUUCUGUUGGCGGCAUUUGGCGGUGGGUAAACCAGGUCAUCAAGUGUAAGGACUGCUCCUGUGUCCAUGUUUAUGGAGUGAGUGACCUUGGAGAAGUAAUUCUGUCCCGUGACUGCGGAGGAAGAAGUCAUUUGCUUUCUUGAGGUCUGUCAUGGCGUAUUACCCGUACUCCUAAUCCACAGUGAUUACAGCACCAUGCUGCUAGGGCCAGGUUCAUCUUGAGACAGAGAGCCAGUCACCUACGAGUCCCUCUACCACCUGUUGCUAACUAUGCAGCCAGUCCCCUCUGAAAUAGACUUGGAACUUGGGUCCUGGAAUGUGGCCCUUUCUCCUGCCGAGUCCUUGAAACAGGGCUGCUGAGAGCUGUGGGAAACUGGGGGUUCAGAGAACCCAGGACUGCCCCAAGGACAGGACAGGAGGCUUGCUGGUCAGUGUGGAGACUGGAUUUCUUAUUCGGAGUUACGCGAAGGUUGUUUUUGGUUCUCAUUCAUGCUGAGCAGUUGGUCCACGUUGCUUGGUCAGAGCUGCAGUUGUUACGCAAGUCCCUUAACUCUACUCACCACUGAUGGGGAGUGGGAGUGGGUCAGUUAUGAGAUUGCAGGUGCUGGUGUUCACACACUAUAAAGCUGUAGAAGAAGAAAGCCCUUGCUGGAGAUCUAUGGCAAGGAUGUGGGGCCAAGUGUGAUGUCUAAACAGGAAGGUGUUUUGGUACAUUAAUAUCAAUUCCUACUCUUGACAUUUUGUGUUAAGAUUCUUGUAUAAAUUGGGAUAAACCCA